CACGUGUCCAACUUCUUCCACAAAUUAGUCAACCUGACCUCCCUCCUCGCGCUUUAAAUAUCCCCGCUGAACCCAAAAGGAGGUGCACCAGAACCCGGACCGACAGGUGCUCAGAACCACCAUGACAGCGACCCUCCUGCCGCUCCUGCUGCCGCUCCUCUGCUGCUGCUCGGCGGGCGCACAGGCGCAGCUGAACCCGGCCGCUGUCCGGGAACACUUCAUAGCAGCGGUGGAGAUCGGAUGGGACUACAUCCACCUGAACGAUGCUGAACCGGACCAAAGAGGGAGAUCCAAAGUGAUUCCUCAAAAGUACAUCAAGGCAGUUUAUAGAGAGUACACAGACCCCACAUACACCAUCCCGAAGCCGAGACCACCCUGGGCAGGCAUACAAGGCCCGGUGAUCGUUGCCCAGGCUGGUGAAAAAGUGGUCGUCCAUUUUAAAAACCUGGCCUCUCAGCCCUACAGCAUCAGCCCUGUGGGGAUCACCUACUGGAAACAAUCUGAAGGAGCUGGUUAUGAUGACUCAUCAGCGGGGCAGGAAAAGGAGGAUGAUGCGAUCCCUCCCGGAGGAUACUAUGAGUAUGUCUGGGACAUCAGCCCAAGAGACGGUCCUACCAUCAGAGACCCUGACUGCCUCACGUACUCCUACUCAUCGCAGGUGGAUGCGGUCCGAGACAUGAACUCGGGCCUCAUCGGGGCCCUGCUCAUCUGCAAACCAAGUGUUUUCGAUGAGGACGGCCAGCGGAGGCUCCCGGCGUUCGUCCUUCUGUUCGCAGUGUUCGACGAGACUAAAAGCUGGUACGGAGAGAAGGGAGAGAGGAUAAGCAGGGAGAAGUUCAAGAGGAGCAACGGCCGAAAGAAUUACCACACCAUCAAUGGAUACAUCAACUCCACGUUACCAGGUCUGACAAUGUGUCAGAGCCGAGAUCCUGUGAUUUGGCACGUGAUCGGGAUGGGCACAGCUCCGGAAAUCCACUCCAUUCGGUUCCAGGAUCACUCUUUGCAGGUUUUGACCCAUCGUAAAGUCACAGUGGAGGUGACCCCGAUGACUUUCAUCACUGCAGAAAUGAAACCCACCACUCUUGGGCGAUUCCUCAUCAGCUGUCAGAUACACGCUCAUCAUCAUGAUGGGAUGAAUGCUUUAUUCACGGUGGAGAAAUGCCCCGAGCCCAUCUCUGUGCCGAAACAAGGACUUCGCAACGUCAAACACGACCAAGAGGAGGACGAGGACUAUUCUGAUUACACUUUUAACACCAUAUACCUGAAACCCAGAUCCAGCAGAGGACAGCAGUCUAAUAUAAGAAGACAUUUUAUUGCUGCAGAAGAGGUGACCUGGGACUACGCUCCUCAUCUCAAACCCACAGACAGUAAACUGCAGUCCAGAUAUUUGCCUGCAGCUCCCCAUCACCUCAACUACAGGUAUAAAAAGGUUGUGUACGUGGAGUACACCGAUGCGUCCUUCACUCAGAGGAAAAACAAUGUCACGAUGCUGCUGGGUCCGACGCUGAAAGGCCAAGUCAACGAUCAGAUCCACAUAAUUUUUAAGAACUUGGCUAGUCGCCCUUUUAAUAUCUACCCGAACGGCCUGACGAAUGUCUCCCUUCUGCAGAGAUCCAGUAACGCAGCAGAAAACGACUUGCGCUCCAUGGAAGUUCCCCCCAACAAGACAUUGGGCUACAUUUGGAGUCUAACAACAAAUGACGGUCCCUUGGAAGGAGACCCCCAGUGUCUGACCCAGCUGUAUCAAAGCACCGUCUCCCCAGAACAGGACUUGGCCUCUGGGUUGGUGGGGAUGCUGCUCAUCUGCAAAUACAAAGCCAUUGACACCAGAGGAAAACUGCUGGGACCUGAUGACAAACUCAACCUGAUAUUUACUGCGUUCGAUGAGAACAAGAGUUGGUAUUUCAGAGAAAACAUGCAGAGAUCAGACCUAAAAUCUUUCAACACUUCAGACCCUGAAUUCUACGAGUCCAACGUCAUCUACAGCAUAAAUGGCGUCAUGUUCCGGGGACGUGAGUUCACCAUGUGUGACACUGAUGUCCCCUUCUGGCACGUGGCCAACGUGGGAACCCAGAGCAACUUCCUCACCGUUUAUUUCACCGGGAACCUGUUUCAGCACGAUGGCCUGUACCAGUCCGUCCUCACCCUCUUCCCCAUGUCUGCCAUAACUGUUCCGAUGGAGACAGACCUGAUCGGUGAAUGGGAGAUAAGUGCCUUUGACAGCAGCCUGAAGAGCCGCGGCAUGAGUGUCCGUUACACGGUUCGUUCCUGUAACAGCGGCGAUAACUCGCUGGUUGAUGACGACCUGGAUGAAGAUAUCUCUGAUUACUACGACCAAAUCCUCCUCCAGCCAAGAGGAGUAAGACCUCGGAAUGGUACAGUGUUGGUCCGAGUGUGCAAGAAAGCCCUUAACACAACUGACAGUCAAAAUGUCACGGUGAGCAGAAGGAAAGGCGUUAACUCUGCAUGUGAGCUGAGGAGAGUGCCGGUGGAAGCGCUAAAAAGGGUAAAAGCGCCCGUAGAUGCAGGAAUCCCAGCUGAUGUCCUGGACAAAAUAGAGAAAGACGGGGACUGGACAGCUUCUGGAAAUCGGACUGAACUUGGAAGAAGUCGACUGAAAAGACAGGCUGACGAAAACCAGACAGAAGAAGAUGCAAAUUCUGGGAUCUUGCCUGAAGACGUUCUGGUAAAAAAUGUUACAGAAUACGUGAAAGGCGUGACUGACCCUGUUGCAGCGUUAAAACUUGAAGGAAAACGUGGAAGGGAAGAGGAAAGGCCUAAAGACAGCAAUGAUAUCUCACUGAUCAGAAAGGAAUCAUCGAGCAACACAGACUCAACCGAAGCUUUAAUGCCGCCAAAAGACCAGGAUCAAGAGUUUGUACCACAAAACCAUAUUUUUGCUGAACCUUUGAGGCUCCCGGAUGAUCUGCUGGAUUUGGAUUACAACUUCACUGAUUUUAACCUAACUCAGAUUAAUCUGUCCUUGGAGUAUGAUGACUACAAAGAUCAGGAGAACGUUUCAUCAGACGUGUUUGGUGCAGAUUACAUCGGCCCGCGCUCUGGAGAACUCAGACCCCGCCUUUACUACAUCGCUGCAGAGGAGAUCACCUGGGACUACGGCAUCAAGAAACCACGUCAGUUCAUCCAGAGGGAAGAGAUGCAUCGAGGGAUGAGGAAGUUCCUGCCUGGAUAUAAGAAGGUGGUGUUUCGAGCUUACAGGGACAAAGACUUCCUGCAACCUGUGAGUAGAGGGGAGCUUCAAGACCACUUGGGGAUCAUGGGACCCUUCAUCAGAACGGAAGUUAAGGAUCUCCUGACUGUGAUUUUUAAGAACAAAGCCAGCAGGCCUUACUCCUUUCAUCUUCAUGGCGUCUACGACCGAAAUCAGGGGGCUGGUGUUGCACAAACCAGCUCCUCCUCUGCUCCGGCAGGGCCCCCCGGAGAGCCUGUUCCUCCCGGAGAAGCUCGAACUUAUAACUGGAAAAUAAGCAGGAAACAAGGACCCACUGACUCAGAGUUCGACUGCAAGACCGGAGCAUAUUACUCCACUGUGGAUAAGGAAAAGGACCUUCACUCGGGUCUGAUCGGUCCACUGGUGAUCUGUAAGUCCGGCACCUUGAAGAGUCGUGGGAGCACGCAGUCAGACAUCCAGGAGUUCUCCCUGCUCUUCCACACCUUUGACGAAACUAAAAGCUGGUACCUGGAGGAGAACCUGCAGAAGUACUGUGCGCCGCCCUGUCAGGCCAACCCCGAGGAUUCCUGGUACCACACCAGCAACAAAUUUGCAGCCAUAAACGGUUACGUGGCAGAGACUCUUCCUGGUUUGACGGUGGCUCAGCAUCAGCCGGUGAGGUGGCACCUCCUGAAUGUGGGCAGUGACAGAGAGUACCACGCCGUGCACUUUCACGGGCUGCCUUUUACUCUGCAUGAUAAAGAAGAGCACCGUAUGGGGGUCUUCAACCUUUUUCCUGGUGUUUUCGGGACGGUGGAGAUGAGACCCCCCACAGUGGGAACAUGGCUGGUGGAAUGCACCAUAGGAGACUACCAGCUGGCUGGAAUGAGAGCCAAACUGUUGGUGUAUAAUCCACAAUGUAACUAUCCUCUGGGAAUGGCAUCAGGAAGAAUUGAAGACUCGCAAAUCACUGCGUCAGAUCACAUAGGUUACUGGGUACCAAGCCUGGCGAGGCUGGACCAGACUGGUAUCAUCAACGCCUGGAUGGGAAAAAACACCAAAUCAUGGUUACAGGUUGAUCUGCAGAAGCCCACCCUGCUGCACAGUGUGCAAACACAGGGAGUGAGAUCCAUGCUGAAGGAUCACUCCAUCACGUUGUUCACCGUCUCCUACAGCCUGGAUCAGGAGACCUGGACCACCUACAGAGGAAACAGCUCCACAAACACCAUGAUCUUUCAUGGCAACAUGGACAGCUCCAGAGUGAAACAAAACACGUUCUCUCCGCCGUUUGUGGCUCGCUACGUCAGGAUCUAUCCGUUCCGCUACUCGCAAAAGCCCGCCGUCCGCCUGGAGCUGCUGGGCUGCGAUCUGAACAGCUGCUCCAUGCCCCUCGGACUCCAGAGGAGGCAGAUUCCUGACAGCAGCUUCAGCGCCUCGUCGUUCCAUUCGUCCCUGCUGCGCACCUGGAGCCCCAGCCUCGCCCGUCUGCACCUGAGUGGUGGCGCCAACGCCUGGAGGCCAAAAAACAACAACCCCCACGAGUGGCUGCAGGUCGACUUGGGGAACAUCAAACGGAUCACAGGCAUCAUCACCCAAGGAGCUCGAUCGCUGCGGACCCAGAUGGUUGUGACGGAGUUUUCAGUCACUUACAGUCAGGACGGACACUUCUGGAGCAGCGCGUUGGAGCCAACCUCCAAAACAGUACAGAUUUUCUCAGGAAACAGUGACCCAGACAAGGAAGCGCUCACCGUUUUCAACCCUCCUCUGUUCGGCCGCUUCAUUCGCGUCCACCCACGCGGCUGGAUCAACGACAUCGCCCUCCGGCUGGAGGUGCUGGGCUGUGACACCCUGCAGGGAAUUUGACACCAUACUGUCUGAAGUCCAUUUUUUCUGUAGUCAAAACACUGUUUACAUUUUUUCACUUCUUUUUGUAUUCAAUAAAGAGCAUAGUUAUUUAUAAGGUAUAAUAUUGUGUAUAUUAAAAGUUUUACCUGCUUAUGCAACACAGUUGAGCCGACAGGAGAGUAAACCUUUUGUAUGUCAGCUUGUGUACAUUUCUCUUAAUCAUAUUGAUGUAUAUUGUUUGACUAGUUGUAUAUUAUUAAGAAAAAAUAUAUAUUUUUCUGCAUUGUUUGAGAUGUGAAAAACUAUAAAUUUAUUGAGAAAAUA